AUGGUGUCUCUAGGUCUUUCCUGCACCCUAGUUUUGCUAUUGGCAAUCUUAUUCACAGUUGCUGAAGCCAACAACAACAGAAAACUCCUGCAAACUUCCACUAACUACAAGACGCUAUAUCCUCCUCCUCCUCCUCCAUCGCCCAUGUAUCGACCUCCGGUAACUCUUCCUCGUCCUACUCCGGUUUAUUCUCCUCCUCUUGCUCUUCCUCCUCCACCACCGUUGAAAGUUCUUCCUCCUCCUCAAGCUCACAAAGCCUUCUACUACAGGAGAUCUCCUCCUCCUCCAUCUGGAAGACCUUGGUGGUGGUUGUUGUGA